AAAUUAUUAUCAAACCUUGUUUGAUUAAACCUUAUUAUAUGAAUAAUAAAAUCAAAAUGAGUACUUAAAAUUAUCAAAUCUUUUAAGAAAUUCAUUCAUCUAUCGGAUAAAAUUCUGUGUUAAGUGCUGAGGGCUGCAGCUAGCCAGUAAUCCAAAGCCGAAUAUCAAAAUCGAGGAAUAUCAACGCAAUCAUGGAUGGCAGCGCUGCCGGCGUCGCUGCUGUUAGACAGCAUUUGCAUGAGGGACAGCGGACAGCGCCCCCCGCAACAGUCAGAAACAAACUCAAGUCGAGCCAACACCGCGACAAGGUGAAGAAGUUUAUUUCGCUGACACAGACAGGGGAACAGACGGCAAUUUUUUGUCUGCAACAGAAUGACUGGAAAAUGGAUCUGGCCAGUGACAACUACUUUCAAAACCCCGAGUAUUAUUACCGCGAGCUUGAUCGGAAGCGCAUCGAGCAGUUAUUUAUGCGAUACCGCGAUCCGAGUGAUCCGCUAAAAAUCAGUUCGCAGGGCGUGAUUCGAUUCCUAGAAGAUCUAGACCUGAAACCCGACUCAAAGCUCGUCCUGAUUAUUGCGUGGAAAUUUCACGCCGAGGUACAGUGCGAAUUCUCACGGGAUGAAUUUACAAAUGGCAUGUGCGAUCUGGGCAUCGAUAGCAUUGAGAAACUCAAGUCGAAGCUGCCAUUGCUGGAGAUGGAACUAAGUGAUCCUGUUAAAUUCAAGGAUUUUUAUCACUUCACAUUUAACUAUGCCAAGGAUCCGGGACAGAAGAGCAUCGAUCUGGAUAUGGCAAUUGCAUACUGGUGCAUAGUUCUGAGCGGGCGCUUCAAGUUCUUGGACAUUUGGUGCAAGUUCCUCGAGGAGAAACACAAGCGAGCCAUAUCGCGAGACACCUGGAAUUUGCUCCUAGAUUUUGCCACCAACAUCGACGAUCGGAUGAGUAAUUACGACUCGGAAGGAGCUUGGCCUGUACUUAUAGACGAUUUCGUUGAAUGGUGCCAAGAAAACAAUCAUCUGAAGGAAGAGACAUCGUCAGGGUGCCAGCAGCAGACGUCCCAAAGGAACAUAUCUAGCGCAUACCCGACCUCGCAUAGUACAAACAUGAAUUAUGGCUAACGAAUUGUUAGAGCUGCUAUAUUCUCAUUAAUAAUAGAUUUGCUUUUACUCUGA